GCCGCCAGAAAAGUCUAUCUGAAACGACAUGUUUAAAAUGUGAUGAAAUUUUAGAAAAAUUUAAUUUUAGUAAAAGAAAACAGAAAAGAGUUCAGAAAAUAAAAACGUGGUUGGCAAAAAUACAAAGGUUAAUUAAACAAAGUGUCGUUGAGACCAAGAAGGAAAACCUUGACAGCCGAAUUAGUCGGCGAUAUUCCGAGCUUGAGAUUAAUAGACUAUUAAAGAAAACAUCAAAAACGGACCAUGAACCAGAAAUAAGAGACCUUUUUUUACAGGAUUUACACGAUUCCAGUUCUUACUUGAAAGGACCUCAGAGUGAACGUUCAUAUUAUCCUGCAUUAAAAAAAGAAGUGACUUUCCAAGAAACGGAAUAUCAGUAUGAAGACAGUCAAACAAAUUAUGAAAAUGAAAUGAUUUUACAGUCCAAUACGACACUCACAGAAAAAGAAAUAGAAAUGGAGUUUUUACGCAGGUAUGGAAAAAGUUACAAAUAUCAAAGAGAAAAUAUCAGAGUAGAAAGCAAUACUCCGACAUCUUUAGGUCUUACAAAAGUUAGAAAUUAUGAUCCUGACCUGCCAGAUGCUAAACUAUUUGAAAAUGAGCAACAACAGGGACUUAUUACAGCAGAUAAAGCUCUUCAUGCAUCUCUCUUUAUGAGUCAGAAAGCUAGUCAACAUGAUAAAGCUAAACACAGUCGAAAUAUUUUUGAAAAAAUUGAUUCAUUUCGUGAUAAAAAUGUAACUGAUGAAUCUGAUAAAAAACAAUACGAAAGUGAGAGAAAGCGAAGCUACAUAGCAGAAUUAGAUCAUGACGAGAGAAGAAAAGAGUAUAUUACAAAAGCAGAUAAACAUUUUAAAGCUGGUGAAAAUGAAAACUUUAUACCGAAGCCUGAUUUAGAUCCCGAGGAAAGAAGUAGAAAAGAUUACGCCCCAACAGUUGCGAAACAUUAUAAGUCUGGUGAAAAGGAAAGCUUUAUCGCAGAAACUGAUUCAGGGCAUGACGAUAGAAGAAGAAGGGAACUAGUUCCUGUAGCCGGUAAACAUUAUGAAUAUGAUAAAAAUAAGAGCUCUCUCACAGAGUCUGAUAUAACGCAAGAUAAUAGAAGGAAAGAACUCGUUCCUGCAGCCGGUAAACUUAAUGAACAUGAUAAAAAUAAAAGCACUCUUACAGAGUCUGAUGUAACACAAGAUAAUAGAAGGAGAGAACUCGUUCAUGCAGCUGGUAAAUAUUAUAAAUAUGAUAAAAAGAAAGGCUCUCUUGUGGAGUCUGAUUUGAUUGAUGAUGAAAGAAAAUUUCACAAAUCUGCUGUUACCACAGUUCCACAAAUUCCAACGGCUAAAAACCUUCAUGAAAAUGAGAGAAAUAAAGUUUUAGAAACAGGAAAUGAUUCGGGGUAUAGCAAAAGGGAACAUACUGCUCUUAAUGAUAGUCAAGAGUAUGAAAGUAACAAAAAUAAAUAUUCAAUGAAAGCUGAUACAGUUAGUGGCCAAGCAAAAGAUAUACCAACGAUAGAUAAAUAUUCCGAAAAUGAUAGAAAGAAAAACUUGCUUGCUACACUUCCAAGUCACAGAAGUGGAAAAGAGUAUAUUUCAUCUGUUAGCGACCAUGAAAGUAAGAAAAAUAAGGACUUAAUGGAUAUUGAUGGCGGCCAGUCUGAAAGAGGAAGAAGAGAUAAUAUUCCCGCAGCGUCAAAACAUUACGAAGACGAAAAAGGAAUAGAUAUUUUACCGACCACUGACGCAUUUCAUAAAUAUGAUAAGAAAAAAGACUUUAUGGCGAAAGCUGGUUUACGUUAUGAGGAAGAUAAAAAAGAAUCUCAUUCUAUAUUGGGACCACAUAUUGACGGUGCAAAAAACAAGGAACCAACAAAUGAGAUAUACGAUGUCGAGGUAAGAAAAAAGCGAAUCAUGACGGCAAUUAAGCGUGAUAAAGGGGAAAGAGACCAGGAUUUUAUUUUAAGUUUAGGUAAAAAUGUGGAAGAGCAAGUAACAAAUGACCAAGAAAAAAGAAUGGAUUUUAUGCCUGCUCAUCAUAAGUUUCAAAAAUAUGAUUACAUUACAAACGAUUUAAAUAAACCGCAAGAAACUGAGAUGGAUUACGAUUUGUUAAGUAGAUACUUUAACCCAUUAGCCGUAAGUCGUUAUAAACAAGAAGUUUCUGGCAUGAUUAAUCCAAUAGUAAAUAUCCAUGGAAAAGAAGGAAAACAAACACAUGUAAGACAAUAUCAUUCGCAAGAAUCUCUUCUUGGCAAGGUAAAAGGUGAAGCAGGUCUAGGUUUUUACUAUUAUUUCCCAAAAGAACUUAGCGAUGCUAGAAAAAAAAGGAGAAGGGCAAUAAGUGAAGUUAGUUCAACGGAAUUGAUCAAAGAAACAAUAGAUAGGCUGAAAUUACAAGCUGAAGAAGAAAAAAAGAAGCGCGAAGAAGCUGCAAAGCAUAAAGAGGAACUCAGAAAACAGCUUGAACAAGAAAGGAAAGAGAAGGUGCUCGCUGAACAAAUUGCAAAAGACUUGGAUAAAAAAAUGAAAGACGAGGAAAAAGAAAAGGAACUUGCAUUUAAAAGAGAUGCCGCUUAUUAUCAAAAACUACAAAAAGAUGUAGGGAAAUCUACAGAAAUGGUCGUUACAAAAGUAGAAGAUAUUGACAAAACGAAGUUAACUAAAUCAAGUCAAGUUCUAAAACAAAUUGAUAUAAUAAAGGAAGAAGGAGACAAAUCAAAGGAAGUAAAACAUAAAGACCUUAAUGCAAAUACAAAACGAAAAGAAGAAAAAACAAAAGAUACUAGUGGUAAAGACGAAAAAGCCAAAGAUAUUAAAGAUACUGAUACUAAAGGUAAAGGUAUCAAAGUUAUAGAAACCAAAGGAAGACAAGAAAUGGAUAAAGAUGUCAAACCUGCAGAUGUUAAAAAAAGGGAAGAUAAGGGCAAAGAUGUUAAACUUGCAGAUGUCAAAGUAAAUGAAAUCGUAUCUUCAGAUACUAAAGGUAAGGAAAAAAAAUCAAAGGAAGUCAAACAUGCAGAUAGUUCGAGUAAAGAACAGAAAAAUGUAAAACCCGCAGAUUACACAGAAAAGAAAGGUAAAGAAAAAAAUUUAGUUGUAGUCAAAGUUUCAGAUAUAAAAGGAAUUAGUGUUAAGGAUGCUUCAAUAUUGAAAGCAAAAAAAUCUAAAAGCGAGAGCCCGAAAGAAGCUGAUGAUGCAAAAAAAAUAGUAAAAGAAAAUAAAAUAGGAAAAGACAAACAUGAACCAGAUAUUACAGACGGAAAUAAAGAUAUACAAAUAAAAACGAAAGAGGCAGCUAUUGAAAAAGAAGGAAGGCAAAGAGAGUCAGGAAAAUCAGAGCAGGAAAGAAAAAAACCACGGGAAGUUCGGGAAGAAGAUAAGAGAAAUAAAUUAGCAGAAGAAGAAAAGCCAAAGGAUGUCAAGAAAAAAGGCGAAAAGAAAACAGAAACCAGUAACAAACUGAAGGAACCAGUAUCGGAUCAAAAAGAAACUCGAUCAGAAAAAAAUGAAGACGAAAAUAAAACGAAACUGAAGAAAACCGAAAUAUCACCAAGAAUCAAAAACGAAAAGGGUUUAAAAAAUAAAAUGAAAUGGCCCUCUAUUUAUGAUUUAGUUAUACCAAAAGAUAGGCCUAAAGAAAGAGCAAAUGUAAAAGAAUACAUCCCAAACAUAUCAAAACAUAAACGGCCAGUAAGAAUACAUGAUUUUGAUAGACGUAAUUCAUCAGAUAUAGAAAUUGAUCGUCAAAAUAUAUUAAGACAAAAACAAGAAGAUUUAAAUAUGAAAAGAAAAGUAAAGGAAGUAGUCAUAAACCAAACUAUCCAUAAAUUUAUCACACACAAUUUACGUGCGUGUGAAACAAAAUCGAGGGAGGAAAAAAUUGAAGAGCACCGCCCGAUGAUGUUUGAAAAACAUUAUGAACAAAAUUUUGAAAUUUUAUCUCAAGUCGAACCUAAAACUGCACAAGUUCUGACAUCAAAAGGAAAAAAUGACGUUGUAAAUGAAGAUACUUAUAAGCCGAAGGAAAUACCACCCGAAAAAAAAGAUAAAGAAAGUAAACCAGAAAAAAGUGGAAAUGCUCCUGCAAAUAAUACGAAACAAUUACCAAAUAAAAAAAUCGAUAUUAAAAACAUCAUUUUCAAAAGGCCUUCUAUUUAUGAUUUGGUUAUACCUAAAGAUCGACCUAAGGAAAGGGCAAACAUUAAAGAUUUCGUUAUAUCAGAUAUAAUGAAAUACGAAAGACCAGUGAAAGAACACAACUUUGAUGAACGUAAUUCAUCCGAUUUAGAAAUUGAUCGCCAAAGCUUAUUGAGACAAAAAGAAAAACCAGGUAUGAAAAGUAAAACCAUGGAAGCAGUUGUUAAUGAUGAUAUUCGGAAACUUAUUACAUCCGGGUCGCAUGGGGAUGAAGCACGAUCGAAGGAAAAUUCAAUUCGGGAACAUCAGCCAAUUAUUUACGAAAAAACCUUUAAGCCGGAAACUGUUUCUAAAGUCAAACCUGAAGCUGAAAUAUUGGCCGAACCCAGAGUUACGAAUGUAGCAAAAGGCAUUUAUGAUCCUGAAAUUUGCAAAGGCGUCGUGCGGUAUACUUUAUCUGAUCGGUCAUUUAUAGAAAAGGGUUGGACCAUGCUGCCGACAGAGAAAGUGGUACGAAAGAUCAAUGUGUACCGUAUGAGGCCAGCCCAUCCGGAAUUCGACUGGUUUGAACGAAAUAAAAAUAAAGCCAUACUGGAAUAUGAUACUGGCGAAAGGCUGGCAGAAUUUGAUGAAAACGGACGUGGAUGCCUGUAUUACAAGAACGGGAACCUUGCUCUUGAUUACUACAAUGCUGAAGAAGUGAAUGCUCAACAGCGUUUUGUGAUCUACAGCAGCGGAGAGGCAGACCAGCGAGGCAGGACUCAGCCAAGGACGGUUUUGGCGACUUUCGAUUACCUCGGCAAUGGUAUUGUGUUUGAUCACGCUGGCAAGAUAAGACUCAAAUAUAAUCAAACCGAAGGCGUAGUUCUAGACCGCAGCUUGGGCCCAGUUUCUCAUUGGAAAUGGCACACCCUGAAUGACCCUCCAGUUUUGCAACAGGUUAUGAUCGAUACGCAGAUGGCACACAAGGAUCCCACAAUCUUAAAACUCGGAGGGCCAGCAGAUAGCAAACCGCGACCUGACGACGAAGAAAUGCUAGCUAUUGAAUUCGAUAACUUCAUCAAAGAGAAGAGUGCAAAAUUGACGCAAACCUUCAAGCCGUUUCAGAUCAAGAUGAAAGCUUUAAAAAUUAAUGAGUAUUUUUCUCUACGAGUGUUGGACCAGGCGACGGUGUAUUUAAUUUAUCGAGAUGGGUCUAAGGUAAUAAAAUUUAAUAUUGGGAUGAUAUUAGACCACAAAGAGAUCGUUGACACAGACACCGCGGAAGUGGGUGAAGUUUCGAAUAAUGUUGAACGUCUACCGGCUCGCACCGACAGCCUAGCGGAACUGCAGCGUAACAUAGCUAACGCCCAGAAACUGGACAGGUAUAGAACAGACAGGGAGCGUCGUAUUCGCCGGCCCGGGCCCAGCGCGAGCGUGGACCGGCUGACGGCCGCCGCGGCGCGCGCGCUCAAGCCGCCGCUGCGGACGCUCGACUCCACGUCCACCGUGGCGCCCCACAGGUUGUAUUGCAAAUGCAGAAAACCAAGCAAAUGCAAUGUUUAUUACGAUACAAGUCUUUUAUAACUUUUAUAAAGAUGUUUACGUGUUGUAUGUUACGUCAUAUUAGUUUUCUAUGUAAUAUUGUAUUAGUAUUUUUACAUUUAAUUUGAUAUCUUGAUUAGAAAUAUUAAAACUAGCUUU